UGUGCCGCGGGGAGGGCCACGCUGCACCCGCUCUCCUCUCAAGUUAAUGUGAACUGUUAUUCCGUUAUCUCAGCCUCUGAAAAGGAAGAAUCGACCUUUCGUUGAUAAAACACACGUGGUAGUCCAGGUUCACCCCAUAGCGCACCUGUGAAGCUCGCCGCCUUACACGCGUUGGGCGCCUUUGUUGCUCUCCCAUUACCUGUAGGAAUGGUGCCCCUGUAGCCGUAGCUCCCCGCCCUACAGCCAGCCGCCGCGGGGAGGAGGGAAGCGUCUCCAGUGUGUUACAAGUGCUGUGAGGUGUUGGCGUGGGUGCCCGACGAAGGGAGUGAAGUGAGACCCGCCCAGGGGAGGCGACUGGGGGUGAGCACCGCCCUAGCCAGCGUGCACCUCCAGGCCGCCACCACCGCCACCGCCACCACCAUCUCCACCAGGUGUUAUGAAGAGGUGGUAGGGCGAGGCGGCGCGGGCGAGGGGGGAAUAUGGUCUCCGGGAACUCCACCUUCGUCAGCCACGACGGUCUACAGCCGGAACGCGAGUCCCUGACGUUCGAGGCCAACACAGAGGACCUUCCCCCUAACACAGCCGCCCUCGUCGACCACAUCAAGCAGGUAGCCGAAGAGGUCCUUUACCACUGGAAGACCUUCCCUCUACUUCUCCCGCCGCCCGUCGCCGUCCAGCAUGACUCGCCCUCCACUGUAUCCUCAGGCAACUUCGGAGUAGGAAAUGGUGGAGGAAGUUUGGGAACCGUGGGAGGAGUGGGAGGGAACGGAGGAGGAGGAAACGGACCCAACCCAGGAGUAGUAGGAGUGCUAGGAGGAGGAGGGAGCAAUGGGGGAACAGGAGCAUCAGGAGUGGGAGUGAGAGUGAAGCCCCUGAUCCUGCGAGAUGCCUUCGUCACCCCCUCCUUCGAUGAAUUGGACGCCGUGGCUGUCGACUCCAAGGGCGACCCACGAAGACUGUCCAACCACCACCUCCACUCCAUCCGCGAGAAGGGGCUGCAUCGGGACAGUCAGGGGAAGCGAAGACGCCUCACCGAUUAUCAGCUGGAGACGCUUCGACGCUCAGGGGAGUUUGAGGUAGAGUCCCUGCACUUCCCUGGCCAGACCCACCGCUGGCAGGUGUCGGGGUGGCUGCAGAAGGGCUGUGAGAAGGCCCACAACUCCCUGCUGGAUGAUGUGGCUCUCGCCCUCUCACUCAUUGUUGUCACUGCCAAGAACAGGCUCUCCUCACCCCUGUUCUCCCUCUCCCACUCCCUGCAGUCUGUGUGGCAGGGGAUUCUCAUGCUAGUUGACCUAGCGGUGGGCAUCCCCUGGGUGCAGGCACACAACCUGGAGGCGCGCAUGAAGGAGGAACGUUGCAGCUACCUCGUCCAGGAGCUCACCUGCCAGGAUGGAGACGUGGAUGGCCUGUGUACGUGGAUGGUGCAGCAGAUCAAGCGUGCCACGCGGGAGAAGUUCCAGCUGAGUGGAGAGAAGCAGCCACCAGUGCCAUACAUCUUCACCACACCCCAGGGCCUGGAGCUGGACCUCCGGCUCUUCAACAGGGAGUUGAUGAAGAAGGCCUUGCCCAUCCUGGUCAGCGUACUGGAGAAGGAAGCACGGGGCUGGUUCCUGCACUUCAGGGAGAAAGUUAUUGCUGACCUCAAGGCACAAAACCUGAGUGAUUAUGAAGUAGAAAAGGAAGGCAACAGGCUGGUGCAGGAGGAAUACCUGGGCCGGGUGUAUUCAGCCAUCCUCGCCCACCCAGCACUGCAGGAGCUUGGCCAUUCAGUCCCAGCACUGCUUGUCAACCAUGCUAAGGCUGUCCUUCUCAUGCACAGAGCGCUGGAUGAGGUGGAACGGAUUUAUGAAGAAGGUGAACGAGCGCGACGGGAGGAGCUUAAACACACACAUUCCAUAUUCUCCCGCAUUGCCCCGUGGCUGUCCGACCAGUUGGCUGCCACACACGCCACCCUGAUGGAACAACACAAGUGGCGGCCUCACGAACAUGCCCUCGCCCUUUGCCGCCAGAACACUCUUCCCCAGCACGCUUACUUCUUGCAGCGUGACCUUUCCUUCAUGAGGGAGAGAGAACCAGUACUGCUCAAUGAACUCAAGAACCUGAAGGUGGCAAUGCGAGUGUUCCAGUGGCGUGCUCAAGUAUGGUUCCCAAGCAACUAUGUGGUGAGUCGGACCUUCCAGGGGGAGAGUGAGCUGAUCCCGACUGUGCUGGCCUCCUCCCCGACCUGCAUCACCACUCCCCGCACUGACCCCAACCACCCUGUUUACCUACUGGAGAAACAGCUGAUUCGCACCACCUCCACCCGCUGGCCCUUCUGGCGGUGGUUCAAUUUUCUGCACCGCACGUGGGGCUGGAGUUCCAAUGCUCUCUUCUUCUUUGGGAUCUGGCUUCCUCUUUGUUCUCCCGUGAGCCUCCGAGCACUCCUCUACAGAGAGCCUUUCAUGUCUGACUUUGAGCUGUCCCAGGUUAAUGGAACUGUAUGCCCUAGCAAGGCCUCCCUCACUCCCACGCUGGCAUCCCGCCUCCACACCCUCUGGCGCCACAUCUCAAAGUCUCGGACACACUUUGAGACCACCCCAGAUACAGGGUUCAUUGGUAAAGGUGUCACGCGUCACAUGAACCGAGCAUGGAACUAUGUGAUGAAGGGCAUUGUGGGGACGCUCUUCCUCACCACGGUGUUCCCGCUGACCUGCCUCCUCGUCUCCAUGGGCUCAAUGGCCAUCGCUUUGGCUGCUCCUCUUUGGGUUCCGCUGUGUGUCCUGCUGACCCACAUCGCCUGCGUCUUUGCCUACGACUUUGACUCUCCAACAGGCCUGAGAAAGUGGAGUCCCAUCAUGCAGGCACUGGUCCUUCACCUCCUGGUUCUGGGACUCCUGCAGGCUGUCUUUGCUUUCUUUACCAUUAUCUUCAUCUGUCCAACACUCUCAGCAGUUGUCUUAUUGUGGGGCGUGGUAAGGCGGGGGUGUCGACACGUCUGGGACACAGUCAUGUUCCACGCUGUCAUCAAGAAGCGUGGCAGAAUACCUGCCUCGGACAGCUUCCUGGUGAAACGUAUUGCUGGGCCUGGACUCCACAAUAAUUUUUAUUACCAGAUAAGCUGUGAACAAGCAAUAGCUGCUUUUGAGGCAAGACUGGAGUUGGACGAACUGGCAGUGUACCAGCGGGAAACAGAAGCCAUCAUUUACAAACCUCUGGCAGCUUACACGGACUUUGUGCAGCGGUGCUUUGGUCCAUUCAGUGGGGUGAUUGGCAAGACUGGGAGCUACGACCUGGUGGAGAGGGAAGUGCGGGACCUCUGCCUCACUCUGCAGGAGAAAAUUGAUAGACGAAGAAGAGACUUGGCCCUUGGGCUGCCCAUCAGUGUAAGGUCCAAGAUCAAGCUCACCACUCGGGACCUGAAGCUCGCCCUCAAGCAAUGCACAGUAAUGGUUGAAGAGUUCUACCCAACACAUGUCUUGCCCCACAUUGUAGCACAGCCAGGUGAGAGCGUGGGGGUGAAGGCAGUGGUGGCGGCAGGAAACCCUAAUGAGUCAGGGCGACCAAACACCCUUCCCGCUGGCUCAAGGCACGUGGAGAUCAACGAGAGGAAUGGAGCUUCCAGCAGUCGGAGGAAAACUGUUCACAGGGAGACCAAGUUUGGUUCUGUUGAGGAGUGGUGGGACAGCAAGGGUCUUGCACCAGGUGAUUAUGCAGGUCUGGCGUCACUGAUAUUCACGGAAAUAUUCUGCUCAGACUUCCUCACACCCAUGGAAGAGUCAGACACCAGUUUCCAGAUGGAGGUCCAUGGUGUGAGUUUGUCGCGCUACACAGAGAUGACACGCUGCAUGCCAGACCGACCAGACCUGGAUGAAAAGCUGACCGUCCACACUCCUCGAGGGAACAUCCAGGUCCAUGCUCCCUAUCUUGAUCUCUCGUCCUUCACACCACUGGUGCGCCAUGGGGUGCCUACCCAGCGCUCCAGCAAAACCAGUCUGGCCGCUCGACUCUCCCUCAGACUCAACCCAGGCCACAGAAUGGUGUGUGGGAGCAGAGUGCCAGAGAAGCUGCUCAUCCCUCCCCCAAUCCCUCACCCAGCACAUAUCUCAGUCAUCAUCCACAACCGUGAAGCAACAGAACCUAUCCCCCUUGAUGGUCCUCUCACCCUACAGGUAAUACGUACAAUAGAGGAUUCCCCUCAUGUGGUGGCAACCAUAACCUCUGUGGGAGAGGAUGAGACGCCUGCCUCAGAUUCCCGAUCCUCUUCCCUCUCUCAUGACCGCUCUCUCUACGACGACCCUUCCCUCUAUGAUGGUCCUUACAGCAAUGCCUCUCGCUCAGGCACUGCUGACCGGAGGGGCACCAGCUCACUGGGCCGCUCUCGCACUGCCACACUGGAAAUGACUGCCACGCUUGAUCGCAUGGCCACAUUGGACCAGCGCACAAACAUGCAGGAGUAUAAUAGGUCUAGCACGCUGGAACUAACACCAACAAGGAUGGCGCUCAGGCUGGCUACUCCUCUUCGCUCCCUGCUGGAAGGACAACAGCCAUUUACAGUCUCUCUCAACCUGGCGUCAGCUGAGGAUGUCAGUCUAGAAGUAGAGGAGGAGGAGAACCAGCCCAUCCCCCUGCAACCACUCACCCACUCCACCUAUACCACAGCCGUGUGAAGACUGGUUUCACCCCCUUGAGAAAAUGGAGUUGGUAGUAUUGGCAGUGGCUCAAACUUCCACUUUCCUCUUGACAAGUUUUAAUGAGAUCCAUUAUUCAACCAAUUUCUCUGAGUGUUUUUCCCCUCAUGAGCAACUUUUAGGAUGAAGUAGACCAUUUAGUCUUUUCACUCCAGUCACAGUUGUCAAUAAGUCUUGCCGUCAAACAUGCCUGUCACGUUUCAGCUCUGUUGUCGUACACGUUUCAAACCUAACUGCCGCCGAGAUUCUGGCAAAGUAUUCUUUCAUUUCUGGGCACACGCACUCUUCUGUAGUCCAGCUUUCCAAUGGGGGAAUAGGAGACUGGAUGCUGUCAUGGGGUUUGCUUUAUUGCAUAUCAUUUCAGAGUAUAGAUGAGUAAGGUUGUGAGGUGGUAUGAACUAAGUAUGUUUUGUUUGCAAAGGCUGAUUUAUGUGAAGGAGUAUUAUGUGAAGAGUGUGAGAACAGGGGGCUCAAUGUUAAAAGUAAGUCAUUCUUAAUGUUGCGCCAAAUGUUAAAGUAAACAAAUUGAGUUUAAACAUUUAAUUGUGACAUUGUAAUUUUGUAGAAAGAGCUAUGUCCUGGAGGAUUUUUAAUACAAUGCAGAUAUGUUGACAUGCAUUCAGUCACUGAUUUCAAAAAGUGCAAAUGAAAUUAAGGACAAAAAUCAUAUGAACUAAGGACAAAAAUCAUAUGAACUAACAUUUGAAAAUCACAAACAAUGAAUUUUUAAGUACAUGCUGGAUUAUUUUGUCCAGCAUGUGUUUAGUACAGUGAUGUCUUUCAUUAUGUUUCCUUGUUCAGAUAUGCUGCACUUUUGCCACUUUAACAAAUAAGAGUUAAAAUAUGUCACCAUUCACAAGUUCACUGUUUCAACACUUGCACCUGGUUUUUGGGAGUUGUUGUCUCACUGGUUGUAUUUCUAGUUCCUGCAGCUUGACAUGCUGCUUGGUUUUAUAUAAAUAAAAAAAAAUGUCAGUAUUGCUACUCUCCCCUGAAGUGCUAAUUAUGUGUUUCAACAAUGAUGCAAAACUUGGUCAUGGGAAGUAUUAAUAGUAUUUAAAGUAAAAGUGUGAUAUUGCAAAGUGCCAUUCUCUUGUUGUGAUCCUGAGGAUUUUGCGAGUGAUUUCGUAAAUGAAAGUAUGACUUAAUUUUUGAUUAGUCGUAUCAAGCAUAAAACACGUGCAUAUUUUAAUGAAGGGUGUAAGUCAUCUCGGAAGAGUAUUUCAGUUGCCCAGUAAUAGACUGCUUAAAAUGGACAUGUGAUGAAGGAGAAAACUAGCUAGGUGCACAGGAUGACAUACUGUAAUAUGUAAUGAAUCAGCAUUGGGCCAUUGGCCAGUGCCGAAGUAAAAUCACAUUCUGUGACCCCAGUGAGGAUAUUGGGUCAGUGUGUGACAAAAGUCUUGACCUGAACUGGUGUCAUGUUGAAACGACUGUUCCUUGGGAUAAGUUGAGCCACUUUAUUGUGUGUUGCCUUGAAAGGUGCAGUGCAUGGUUAUAUGGCUGCACGGUGUACAUUUCUGUGAUUUAUAUUUGUGAAUCUCACAAUAAUAUAUUAUUUUCAGGCAUAUUAUGCAGCUUGACUUGCUCUCUUUUGAUAUGUAGCAUAAUUUGACUAUUUCAGCUUUAUUGUACAGUAUUUGACAGGUGAUAUAUACUCAGUUUUUUCUAGUGUUUGUGGUCAGGACUCAUUUUCACAUUCAUUAAGGUUAUUCAGUAGUUACUGUAGACCUCAUGACUCAUUUCAUGCAUCAUAAGGUUACACUGUAGUAGUGGGGGUUGACGAGGGCUGGCUGGGUGACUACACUUCGUGGGACACAUUGUUACUGCCAAAUUGUUACAUUGGCUGUACCACUGGGCUUUGGUCACAAUGUUUACAUAAUGUGUAAUUGACCAGAGUAUCCAAGUUGGUGUUCAGAAAGUAUUUUUUUUCUAAAGAGAUGUUGGUUUCAGAUCUCAUUCAUAAUAGAGCCAUUUGGAAUAGAAAUCAACACAAAUGAAUUGGACAUAAGAAUACAGAAUACUGUGUACAGUGUACAUAAUACUGUGUGCUCAUUUGUAAAUUUUGUAAAAACUUAUCCUUCAUUAAACCUAAUAUCUUACCAAAAAUAAAUAUAGAACAUGG